AAUAUCCUCAAUAAAUUGCUUGGCUCUCAAGAUUCCGUUAACUCCAAAGCGUUUGAAGAGAUGAUGGAUCUUAACAAUCACAGAGAUUUUCUCUUGCACCAUAUAAAUCGACCCACAAAGCGUACUUCACCUCCUUGUCUCAAAAGCGUCUCUCUUGAGAACGAUCCGUUGAUGAUGUUUGAGGGAAAUAGGAUUUCACGAGCCCCCGCCACCAUGGAAGCUUCUUAUCCAAUGAAGAAUCUCAGAGGCGUCUCUCUUGGGAACGAUGCGGUAAUGUUUGAAGACAAAAGGGUUUCACGAGCUUCUUAUCUAGAGGAUAAUCCAAAUUGCGUAUCUGGUUUGCGUUGGGAACUUGCUUCCAUGGUUAACACGUACGGAUCUGUGAACUUAGUGGCUAAAAAUCAGAUGGGUUCCAGACUUUUGCAGAGAUUGGUCGAUGAAGCAAGGUUUCUUGAUGCCCUAUUCAUUGAAGUCGUUAACCAUGUUGUUGAACUCUCCAUGGAUCCAUUUGGGAAUUACAUCAUCCAGAAGACUCAAGUUGUACAGACGAUGAUCGAAAAGGUGAAGACUUCUCAGCAGAUUGAGAUGGUGAAGUCAAGUAUCAAAUCUGGCUUUCUUCAUCUUGUUAAUGACAUGAAUGGGAACCAUGUGAUCCUGAGUUGCUUAAAGUCUCUUGGUCCUAACGACUACAAGGUUUGA